UCACACUCUAGUCUGGUAGGUGGCGGUAAAUGCACCUUAAGUUGGUUGCCACCCGCCAAUUAAAAAACAGAAGAAGAAGAAGGAGGAGGACGCUGCAUCCCGGGUUGUCGCUGAAGAAUACGUCAUAAUGAUGCGACAUACUUUUCAAAUAACCCAUUCACUUCCGGAAACUCCUGUUGUUUAGCUAUUAAAAUCUAAAGUUAACCGUUAGCGGUUUAUUCAGUUUCUACAGACUCCAAAGAGCCAUGAAGUCACAUAUCAAAUGGAUCCAGAUUUGCAUCUUCACCCUUCUACAUUCUGUGAUCUGCCAGAAACUCACAGGCUUUGUUGGAGAAAGUGUUCUGCUGCCCUGCUCUUCUGAUAACCCUAAAAUGGCGAACGUGUUCUGGAGGGACGAAGAUGACGGGGUUCUGCUUGACAUCAAGAACGGUGUUGAAGACCUGAAAUAUCAGCACAAAAAGUUUAAAGGUCGAGUGUCCAGCUUCCCAACAGAAUACCGGAACAGGAACUACUCCAUCACCUUAAAGAAACUGACGCUGCAGGACUCUGGAGUCUAUGACUGCAACGUCGUCAUUGACAACAAAGAAAAUACAUCCAGGAUGAAGUUGGAGGUUAGAGAAGCUGUGAAGAUCCCAGGAAAUGGUGUCUCCAGCAGGCGGAUCGUCCUGCCGACGCUGGUCCUCUCUGCUCUCAGUCUGAUCAUCUACUUCUAACAGGAAGUUCAAACAUCUGCUACAGUAAACAUUGUUUAAGUUCAACUUUCAGCAGUUUCUAGUAGUAAACCGCGGACUAAGUUACCGUCUUGCACCUGUUGCCAUUUUAUGUCCGUAGAAGUUAAAACCUCCAGUCAAUAUUCUGAAGCCUGGCAAGAAAACUGAUCAAACCAGGACAAGAGUCACAGCUCUCCAGUUUUAUCUGGUUUCACCUCUAAAGCUGGAGAAUGUAACUUUAAAAAGGUUUUUCACAUACUUGUUAAAACUGUCAGCUUGUUAUGACACAAUCUUUGAAAGGAUCGAUCUCCUCUGUCUUCUCCGAGCUGCUACUGAACAAAUGCACUAAAGCAACCAAGCAAGGGGGCGGGGCUUAGUGCCGUCAAUCAUCCCUGUGAAUGUGCUGGCUCUGAUUGGUUGCUUCUUCCUGAGUGGUGCAGCAGCACUGGGAGAAAACAGGAGAUCGAUCUUUGCAUAGAUUAUCUGUCUCAUAACAAACUGUCAGAACCUGGAGACAGACUUAAUAAAUAUGGCAAAAUAUACUUUUUAUUAAAGUUACAUACCACAGCUUUAAGGAGAAGGUCAAGAGUUCAUGACACUGGAGCUGUUGUUUACAGAAUCACUAUUAAGAUUAUUUAUUUAUGAACAUAAAUAUUUACAUAAUAAAUACACAUAAAUAAAACAUAAAUAAAUACAUAAACAUUUUUCAAAAUCUGAUGUUUUUGUUCAUUGCUGUCAACAAAUAUUUGUCCAAAUUUUCAUAGCAGACAAAUAUUUAGUGCAGCUGAGUUACCAAAAAAAUGCAUUAAUUUAUUGUUAACAUCUUCUUGAUGCAAGAAUGUAACCUGUCUUCUUCUUCUUCAUUCCAAUCUACUUUAAUGUUUUUGAAGGAAGCAAGAACAUUUAUAUUGAACUUAUGUUACUGUUUAUGGUAUUAUUUAUAUAUUACUAAAAGGCUGUUAAUUGUUAUUGUAUGCAUUCCUGUGGAAAAAUGUGGACGUUUUGAAGAUGAUAAAUUAUUAUUUGAUGAAACUUGUUUAGGUUUGUGAUGACUGAAAGACUCCAAAAUGAAAAAGUGAAGUGUAGUUUUGAAGUGAACAUAGUGAUGAGAGUUGAUUCAUCUGCUGCUUUCUGCUUUAUGUCAUAUGACUAGAAUAAAACUGGUCCGUUAAACUGAUUGUUGAAGUUUACUUUAAAAUAAAAUGAGACUGAAACUGUUA